GUCAGAUGUGCGACACGUGUUUGUGGAAAGUAUGCCGCCGCAAACGUGACACGAGAGUUGGCAUUUUAAGUGAGUACGUGAUUUAGAAGAAGCGAAUAAAAGAGCAACUUGGCUGCUAUCGGGAGGAACAUCUUUGUUGAUGCCAAGAUGAGUUCGUCAAUGCCGCAAAAGCGUUACUACAGACAGCGAGCACAUUCUAACCCGAUGGCGCAUCAUUCGUUUGACUAUCCUGUGUGUCCAGAGGAGAUGGACUGGCACACGCUGUAUCCACAAUUCUUUACUGAGGAGCAGCCUGGGGAAGGAACUCCACAAGUUGAGUUUGCAGACAUUGGGUGUGGAUACGGGGGACUUUUAGUGGAGUUAUCUCCACUCUUUCCAGACAAACUCAUGCUGGGCCUGGAGAUCCGGGUCAAAGUGUCCGAUUUUGUCAAGGAUCGUAUCAAGUCAUUGCGUGAGGUCAAUCCAGGAAGCUACCAGAACAUUGCUUGCCUUCGCAGCAACGCCAUGAAGUAUCUUCCCAAUUUCUUCAAGAAGGGACAGCUUAGUAAGAUGUUCUUCCUUUUCCCGGACCCUCAUUUUAAGAAGACCAAACACAAAUGGAGGAUCAUCAGUCCCACGUUGUUAGCAGAGUAUGCCUACACACUGAGAGUCGGGGGUCUUGUUUACACCAUCACAGACGUGGAGGAGGUCCACCUUUGGAUGGUGAAGCACUUCAAGGAACAUCCGUUGUUUAAACGGGUCCCCGAUGAAGAGCUGGUUGAUGAUGUCAUCAUUUCUCGACUGGGUGUGUGCACAGAGGAGGGAAAGAAAGUACAGCGCAACGGAGGGAAGAACUUUUGUGCUAUUUUCCGGCGGAUUGAAGAUCCAAUAUUGGUCCCAACCUUACAGACAUUAAAUGAAACACAAUAACGCACUAGUGCUGAUCUUGGUGGAACUUGGAUGAUUCAACCGAAGUGAUGCUUUGAAAGGCAUACGGUGGUUGUCUUCCCCAAUUGUUGCUACAUGACACUGUCAUGCGGGGUGGUGUGUGCCCUUUUUUUUUUAAUCAUUAUUUUUUUUUAAAAACUCUUUCUUUCUGAUUUUUAUUUUCUUUAAAUGAUGCUCUUUUGUUUGCUGUGAAUCAUCCUGUGAAAAACAACCCCAUAUAUCAUUGUAACAUGCUUCAUACAGUGAUAAUAAUAAAGAGAGCUGGUACAUUUUCAAA